AUGGAAUUUGAGGAUUCCGGGUCCGAUGUUUAUAUUUUAGAUAAGUUGUUUAAUAAAUCUUUUUCCCAGUACUGGACUUUAUUUUGGAAAGACUACGAUUUUUACAAGUACAAAUCAGUGAAAGCGGAACUGGAGAGUGCUUUGAAGCUGUUUCCAGAUGCUUCUUUUGUAGAAUUGUUCUAUUCUGCUCGAGAUAGUUCGAGGCAAAGAAACUAUGACGACGAGUCAGAAUUUUCAAAGAGCAUAGAGAAGGAUAGGCUGAACAAGUUGAACGUGAUCAACGAGCUCCAACAGUCCUUUGAACUCCUGACCAUGGCCUCGGAGUCCAUGGGCUUCACCUCCGUAAACGAGGACUUGGACGAAGUGCACUCGGAAUAUGUAAAAUACCUAAUGCUUCCGUAUUUGAUAGCUCACGUGAUGGUUGAAAAGCCCGAUUUGUCAAACAGGUUCGAGAUUCUGAAGAAAGUGGAGGUACCGGUCGAAUUCGUUCAUAAAUUUCAGAUUUUUUUGAACCAGUUCAUGAACAUGAUGUCGAGGUUGAAGAUACUGAGGAGGGAGGAGCUGGAGGUUUGGGAAGAGAAGAGGCCCAAAAACACCUCUCACGACGCUCGUGACCUCAGGGUGAACCAGGCCUCCUUUGAACGGGACCUUAAAAAAUCAGUUUCCCAAGUGUUCGCCUCGUCAGGAUCCGUGGAACAGUUUCUGCAAUUCAAUAAACUUGAUAAGUCUACCAACGAAGAGGUUUAUCGCAAUACUAUUUUGGAUAUUUUAAAGCUUUUUUCAAUUCAGUCCAUAAACCACCUGAACUCGAUUAAAAUGGAAAUGCCUUUUCUGGAGCUACGGGAGAAAAACAGAAUUGCGUUUUCCGAAGAUAAAGUUGAGAGCAGUGCUCCCCCCGGCAAGCCUUGGUUUUUACACAUAGACAACAACUCUAAGCUUGACCCUUCUCUGGUUCAGACCCUGUAUAGAAAGAUGGUAUUUCUUCCUGGCCACAACCUGCCCACUAUUUCCCUUGACGAGUGUGCUCGCAUUGAAAUGGAGAUGGACGUUAAAACCAUUGGAUGCAAGGGCGUAGAAGUCAAGAGAAAGGACAGUGCCGAUCUACUGGAGGACGAACUCGACGAGCAGGAGUCUGAGAAGUCCAGUGUGUGCACUGACGACGCCAGGGAGUGGGACGACUGGAAGGACGAUCACCCCAAAGGCCAGGGCAACAAGGACGUCAACAUCGGAUAA